GUUCCAUACUAUCAGAUGUCAGACAGAAUGCUCCGAAGAAAGGGCUGAUUACUGUGCCAGUAUUCUAAUUCCAUUUAACAAUUAUAAUGCUCUGAUUCCUUAAAUGCUGAAGAACUUGAAGAAUAUUGCAGACAACAGAAAGAAAUGGAAGAGUGUGUCAUAGAAUAUUCAGACUUGUGCAUUGAUUCAUUAGUUCGGCAGUUAUCUCAAAUCUUUAUCCAGGGUGCGAUAAGCCAAAACAAAGAAAGAUGCGAGAGAAGAGACAAUUACUUGAAGAAUGUCAAAUGUGUAGAAAAGAUUUUCCAGCCAUUAAGAGGUUGUAUGAAAAAUUUUAUUCUUGAUCUAGAAUUGGUCUCUAUUAUUGACAUUGAUUUGUUGAUUCCGACUAUCUGCUGUUCUUUUGGAAAGUACCAGAAAUGUUCCUUAGACGCAAUCGACGCGUCAUGCAAUCCGAAUGAAGCAGAAUACUUUACUUCGUCAAUAAACGGCUAUAGUUCGGACUUAGUGGCAGCUAUCUGUUUGGAAUACGAACCAGGGUCAUCUAGAUGUCAAGAAGUCAAAGUUCCCAAAACGAACACCACAUCAUCUGCUUAUUUGUCGAUAUUCCCUUCCUUGAAUCGAGCCCUGAACCGUUUAGGAAACGAAGAAUAGAGCAUAUAACUUCUGUUCCACUUUCAUGACAUACUAAAAUAAAAUUGAAUAGUCUAAUCAAAAGGAAGAUCAUCUGAAUUACUAACCCUUAAAUUAUCGACUUAUUUUUAUGCUCAUUACUAUUGGUGGGGUCCAUAUAUUACACUAUCAUAUUGAGUAAUUUUAUGUUUUUGUCUAUUACAACACUUAGUGUAUAAAAUUGAACAAAACAAAAGUGAUGAAAUCACUCGUUAACAAUACAUGUAGAAUGUAUAUGCUACCCCAGCACUAAUUAAUUAGAUUAACUAUAAUAUUGAUGGUAUUUUUUUGCUUACGUUUUCUAUGUGGCUCAUAUAUGAUUAGAAACCCUGUAACCAACAAAAUCCUGGACCUACAAGUAAUUUUAUACGUAAACAUACGAAAAAAUUUUUUGUAAAACACCGAUGGGGUCUAUAUAUGGAUCUCACCUGUAAUUGUCGAGUUACAUCUUGUGUAUAUAAUUUAGUUUAUAAACUGUGAUCACACUGAUCUAUAAAUUAGAUUAUGAAACACAAAGUUUAAAACUAAAAGCCAGUCGUUUUGGUUAUGACUGUCGUCUUCUUCAUUCCAGUAGUUUUAAAUAUGAUUUCUGAGAUGUUGAAAAUAGGCUUAAAAUUAUAAAAGUCUCUCUCUACAUGAAUGAAUUUAACAGUUCAGGGUACCUGUUAGCAGUUCUUAGUUUGUUUUAACACCUGGAAUAUUUUCCUUACAUGGUAGAAUGAUUAACACACGGUAGACUACUUUGACUUCCACAGUUUCACUAUUUUUUGCUCUUAUUGUAAGAAGCUGAAGAGGAAACUUUAAACAUUUUUAUACACCGUGCUAAGAUUUGGAAAAAAAAAUAUUGAAAAACAUUUUUUUAAUGUACACAAUAUCUAUACUAGUUACCUUCUGGAACAUAAGUAGUGUAAACAAACACAUCAAGUUGAAUUUUAGUACCCAUCAUCAUCUUACCACAUAAAACAAGCAGUAGUAAGAUUUUAAGUGUAUUUUUAAAUUUCUAUAGCACUUCAACAAAGUAAUGAUUUGUCUAAUUAAAGCCCAUAACAUGAAUGAUUACCUGAUGCAGUUUAUACUUAUAUUUAAAGACACUAUUACAGUAUUGGCGCUGUAACUUCACCCUAUAAAAAUACCUUUCAAAACAUAUUUGUAGACAGCUAAAACGUUUAAACAUUAGAACUGAGUAUUAACCAUUAAAAUUAUAUUGAAUAUUUAAAUUAACAUAAAGCUCCAAUCCUUAUUCAUGGAUCAUCUGAGAAUUUUUAUAGUUCAUAUUGACUGCUGAAAGGUAUAUUAUGGUGAAACGGGAAUUAAUUAAAAUCUAGAAUUAAAGAAUUUGACAAUGACGUUAAAUAUGUGAAAAUGCUAUGGACCUGCUUGUCACAUUUUAAAUGAAAACACUGUAUCUUCCGGGGAAAAUAGUGACACUAAAACUAGUUUGUUUGUUUGUAAUUAAGCACAAAGCUACACAAUGGGCUAUCUGUGCUCUGCCCAACACGGGUAUCCGAACCCGGUUUCUAGCGUUGUAAGUCCGCAGAAAUACCGCUGUGCCACUGGGGGGCGACACUAAAACUAAACAAGUGAAAUGAGUUUUUGAUCUGUUGAAAUACUAUUGGGAAAUGACUACAUCGUAGAAUAACGUGAACUAUAGAUUAGUACACAAUUCCUUAUGGAAUACCGCCUUUAUUGUUUAAUUGCA